AUGUCAUUAUGUGGUAGUUACAAAUCCAAUACGACACUUUUAACCCCUCAGGGUACCGAGUGCGCGCCAAUUACGUGCAUUGAGAAAGUUAAUCUGUCGGACUUUUUCGAAAAGCUGCCGUACACGUACACUAGCAAAUGCAAACUGUGCGGUCGGAUAGUGUCGAAUCUAAAGAAUCAUUACUUGACUCACAAUCCGGGGAAUUACGUGUGCCCCCUGUGCGGAUGCCGUAGGACACGGCUGGAUAAUUUGAAGGGUCACAUUAAACAGAAACACCCCGAAAUACAGAUACUGCAGAAGUCAAGUUCAAAAGCCUGGCACAUGCGGCUGACCUUUGACCGGGUGCCAGGCGGCUGCAACCUUCACAGGUGCAAGCUGUGCGGCAAGGUCGUGACGCACAUCAGGAACCACUACCACGUCCACUUCCCCGGCAGGUUUGAGUGUCCUCUCUGUCGUGCCACGUACACACGUAGCGACAACCUGCGCACGCACUAUAAAUUCAAACACCCCGAGGCAAGAAAGGUCGAUCUAAACGAUUUCGUGACAGGCACCUUGGCGCUCUCCGCGAUGAGUAAAUAUGAUGAUACCAUGAACACGCUGUCCUAA